AGUCUUAGCCGCCUGUCAGAUGGAAUGAUAAGAUGGCCUAAUCGAGAGGGGCCGCUUGAGCCAGCCUUGGAGCCGGGAAGACCUGCUGCGUUUGAGCCCCUCCCAUGUCAUAUACCCUGGGCAAGUUUCUUUACUCCAGGGUUCCAGGGACCUCCCUAAGAUCCUUAAGGCGCAGAGGUGAUGCCCACUGGAGAGCGGGAAUGUCCCGUGGCCGACUGCAUCUCGGGUCCAGUACGUAUCCACAAAGAAUUUCCUUUGCUGCUCUACGUUAAAGGGCUGUUUUUUCCACUAGAUAGGGAGGUCUCAUAAGCAGUCGCAAAGCUAGACUACAGCGCAAGAACGCCGCGAUGCUCGUAGGUGGCCGGGGCUCCCUCCCCUUUCAAGCCUGGGGGAUGCCUUUCUACGCCCGGGGCCCCCCGAGCUUCCAGCCUUAUCUGGCCGGGGCGGGACCUGCCUGGCCGGAGCGCGGGGGCGGGCUCUCAUUUUCACUUCACUUUCCCUUUACAUUUUCCGGCUUCCGCUGCCGCGGUCCUCCAAAUUCAGGGCCCCUGGUCACCCUCUUCCACGCUUCUGCCUUGCAGUCUUCUUUGGACAGAUGAUCGGCCUCCUCCCAGAUCCCCCAGCUCGGGGGAAAGAUGAAGCCCAGAGGCAGAGCCAAGCCUGGUCCUGAGGAAGGCAGGACAGCCCCUUCUCUGCCUGUGAGACGAGCACCUCCCAAGCAGGCUUCCUCCUCUCUCUCCUUCCCCAAUGCACGCUGUGAGCCCUGGUGCACCCCCAGCCAGCUGGCCCCAGAGGCUGGAAGGGCUGCGGUCCUCCCCAUUCCCGCACCCUGCUCUGCAUGUUCUGCAUAGCCUGGCCCGAGCCCUGCUCUUCCCUGCCUACUGGGCCCUGGACAGGCUUCUGGUCUGCUGUGUGCCCACUCCCCGCACUCCAUUUCCCCUUUUUACUCCCUUCCCAAGGGGGUUGUAUCGUUUUCUGAUCUCCCUUCUAGGAGCUUUAGCUGCCCUUCUGCUGUUCCUAGCAGCUCUACCCCUGCUGCUCCUGGGCCUGCUUUUCUGGUUACCUCUGCAAUACUGUCGACGCCCUUUCUGCUACCAGCCACCUCCUAGCAACUGGACACCCCCCUCACCCUGGUGUCCCCCAUCAGAACCCCACCGAAGCUUUGGCUUUCUCAGUGCCAACCUCUGCUUGCUGCCUGAUGGUCUUGCCCGAUUCAGCAACCUGCAGCAUAGCCAGAAGCGGGCAGAGUGGAUGGGUACUGCCCUACUUGGAGGAAGCAAAGGACCAAGCUAUGGGGCCACAGGUUCCAGUCCUCCCCAGACUGGUUCCCUGGUAGGGGAGUUGAUAUCAGCCCUACCAGGUAGCCUGGACUUUGUGUGCCUUCAGGAAACAUUCGAUGUACGGGCAGCAAGCAGGCUGGCCCACCGCCUGGCAACCACCCUAGGCCAUGUGAUAUAUGAUGUGGGGACCACUGGCUUCUAUUCAGGGCCUCAGCUCAAACUACUGGGUAGUGGGCUUUUGCUGGUCUCCCGAUACCCUGUGCUGAGUGCCCGAUUCUUGCCCUUCCCUAAUGGCCGGAGGGAGGAUGCACUGGCCUCCAAGGGAUUACUCUCUGUUCAGGUGCAGCUGGGCAUGCUGGACAGGAGGAGGAUUGUGGGUUACCUGUACUGUACCCAUCUGCACGCCCCUGAGGAGGACUGGGCCAUUCGCUGUGAGCAGCUUUCGCUCCUGCUGGGCUGGGCUGAGCAGUUUGAAGCACAGAAUAACAAGGAUGAUGAUGCCAUUGCCUUCAGUGUGCUUAUGGGAGACUUCAAUUUUGACAACUGUUCCUCAGAUGACGCCCAGGAACAAGAGCAUGAACUGUUCACCUACUUCACAGAUCCCUGUAGGUUGGGGCCAGGCCGGGAGCAGCCUUGGGCCAUAGGAACCCUUCUGAGUGCCCCAACGCUACACUGCCCAGUGGCCUGCUGUCCUGAGAAGCUGAAAAGCGCUCUGGAGCAGGAGGAUGGGAGAAGAAUGUACCUUGCAGGUCCUCCCACUGGGACCCUCCCCUCAGCAUCCUGGCAGGGCAGAAGAAUAGACUACAUCAUAUAUAGGAGAGACCCUAAUACCCUUCUCAUCCCAGCUGUAGACCGGGUGACUUUCAGCACAGGCCUGGCUGGCCUCACUGACCAUCUGGCUGUAGGGCUACGACUCCAGGUGACCACAGAGUCCAGGGCUACAUCAGACGUGGGCAAGGCCAACAUACAGAAGGACCAACAGCCUGAACAAUGAAAGCAGCAAACUGUGACUUUGGCUCCUCCCUGGCCCCACUCCUUUGGUAUGGGGGCAACUUCAGGGAUCUUUAUUGUUGCCCCAACAGGGUGCUCACCACCCCACCCCUCACACACCCUCCUGUGCCUGUCGGUACUCAUAGACGCUGCCUCGUUCCGGAAAGAAGGUUGUACGGGGUGGGGAGCCAGGGGCAGAGGCUGGCUUCUCAGGGUCCCCGUAGCCACCUCCACCAGGUGUCUUCAGGCAGAAGGCAUCCUGAAGUGAUACAGAAAGAAAAGACUGAGACUAGGGGAGAGAAGAUGAACCUCUCUUCCCACCUUUUCCUCCAGUUUUAUUCUGGCAUCUCCUUUUUAUACUCUUCCCUUUUCCUUAAUGGAGCCAAAUUAAACAAUGAACACCAGCAGUCCUGAGGUCUAAGGCUCACUUUGGGGGUGCUUGCGAGUGAGGGUGAAAUUUCCCUGAGUCCCUAGGUAUAUGCUCUUUUCUUGGAUUACUGAACAGUCCCGUCAAAUUUUAUUCCCUCCCUUCCUCUUGAGCCCCUUACCCCAGGGAACACA